UUCCUAUUGGCCACCUCGCACGUCAUUAGACAGGAAGAGAAAACAAACAGCCGUUGCUACCAGUUUUUUUUUCUUCUUCACGUCCGACUCACAAACAAACGCAACACAGAAGUUUUCCUGCUUGUAUCGUUCAUUUAAAUGGCUUCAGGUUACCGAAAACCAGCUCCCUCGGCCGGCCAGAGGAAGAAGGCGGGUCCCAAGAUCGAGCUGACCGAGGAGCAGAAGCAAGAGAUCAAGGAGGCGUUCGAUCUGUUCGACACCGACGGCAGCGGGACGAUCGACGUGAAGGAGCUGAAGGUUGCCAUGAGGGCCCUCGGGUUCGAGCCGAAGAAAGAGGAGAUCAAGAAGAUGAUCGCAGACAUUGAUAAGGAAGGCUCCGGGACGAUUGACUUCAACGACUUUCUCAGUAUGAUGACUCUGAAGAUGAGCGAGAAGGACUCCAGAGAGGAGAUCAUGAAGGCUUUCCGGCUGUUCGACGACGACUGCACAGGAAAGAUCUCAUUCAAGAAUCUCAAGCGAGUUGCCAAGGAGCUGGGCGAAAACCUCACCGACGAGGAGCUACAGGAAAUGAUCGAGGAAGCCGACCGGGACGGAGACGGGGAAGUCAGCGAGCUGGAGUUCCUGAGGAUAAUGAAGAAGACCAAUCUCUACUGAACUUUGAGCGUCACAAUCUCAUCGUUUUUUUAAAGAAUCACGUUUGAUUUUUAACUGAGCAGUUUUUUCUCCGUAGCUUUUCUUCAGACUUGGUUUGUAAAUAAAUAUUUUUAACGUAUUGUAUCUUUGCACACAACUUUCUACAAUGCAAGACGAAUAAAUAAUAUUUCAUCACA